AGCGGUCCGAAUUACAAACCAAUCUACCAACUUUACUUUCUUCAACCAUCGACGCGUCCUCCCCUUUGCCUUCACACCUAGGAGAGCCAGAUCCCCGUAUAGUUGGUUACGCGAACUGAUUAAGACAUUACCUUAAGCCCUGUCGAUCUAACCCUCCAUUGUCAUUACUCGUGCGGCCUGUGACCGUCAAGAUGUCUUUCCUCGGUGGCGCAGAAUGCUCAACUUCCGGCAACCCCCUCAGCCAAUUCCAGAAACAUGUCCAAGAUGACAACAGCCUGCAGAGGGACAGACUAGUGCAGCGAGGCCCCAACGCUCUUGCCGGCGGCUUCAGAAGCGCUGGGGCGAACACCCCACAGGAUGAGAUGAUGAACGGUUUCCUUAACAAGGCACCGGGUCUUCAACAUGAGCUUCCUAUGCAGAACGGCGCUGUGCGAAUAGAUCCCGCCCAAGGUGUGCAUCUCCGCGCGAACUCGACAUCACCAACAUGGGCGAACGACUUUCAGAACCAAGCCGCUAUGGAAUCGGCCUUCAACGCACCGCAAGGCACACAGUUCAGCCCCGAAGAUUUUGCGCGCUUUAGGCAGAUGAACCAGCAACCCUCGUCGGCGAGAGCAAGUCCGAUGCCCGGCCAGAUGGCCCAGCAACCGAGAAUGGGCAUGGGCAUGGGAAUGGGCAUGGGAUAUAACAGCAUGAUGGGGCAGUCAAUGUUCUCACCCAUGUAUCAACAACCCAUGCAACAGCAACAGCAACACGAGGAUGUCAAGGGGAAGGGAAAGCUCGUGGAGCUUGACGACAACAAAUGGGAAGAACAGUUCGCGCAGAUGGAACUGCAGCAGAAGGAAGAGGCCGAGGCCCAGGCUGCAGAGCCUGAGUUGGAGGAGAUGGACCGGGCAAUGCAGAGUGAGACAGGUUUCGGCGAUUUCGAGUCAAUAUGGAGAGGAAUCCAGGCUGAAACUGCUGCAGCAAAAGGCAUGGUCGACGACUCGACAUUCGAUAAGUUCGACAGCGAAGACUGGGGUCCAGACUUCACCGGCAUGAACGGCGACUGGGGCAGACUGGGCGACCCAGUGAUCGAGAAUUACCUUUUUGAGGAGGAUAACUUCUUCAGCGAGGAGAAGAAUGCGUUCGAUGAGGGUGUGCGCAUCAUGCGCGAGGGAGGAAACCUGUCCUUAGCGGCUCUCGCAUUUGAGGCUGCUGUCCAGCAGAACCCGGAGCAUACCGAGGCCUGGGUGUAUCUUGGCUCGGCACAGGCACAGAACGAGAAGGAGACUGCGGCUAUUCGUGCGCUGGAGCAAGCUCUCAAGCAAGACCCGAACAACUUGGCUGCCCUCAUGGGCUUGGCCGUCUCUUACACCAACGAGGGAUACGAUAGCACCGCCUACCGGACGCUCGAACGCUGGCUGUCGGUCAAAUAUCCGAACAUUAUCGCACCGACGGACCUGCACCCUAUGGCCGAGAUGGGAUUUACCGACCGCCAACAACUGCAUGACAAGGUUACCGGCCUGUUCAUCAAGGCGGCACAGCUCAGCCCGGAUGGUGAACACAUGGAUCCCGACGUCCAGGUUGGCCUUGGCGUUCUGUUCUACGGCGCCGAGGAGUAUGACAAGGCCGUUGACUGUUUCACGGCAGCUCUUCACUCGUCGGAGCUUGGAACCUCGAACCAGCAAGAGCAGCUGCAUCUGCUCUGGAACCGCCUAGGCGCUACCCUCGCCAACUCUGGUCGCUCUGAGGAAGCCAUCGCUGCGUACGAGAAGGCAUUGAGCAUCCACCCUAACUUUGUGCGCGCUCGCUACAAUCUUGGUGUUAGCUGCAUUAACAUUGGAUGCCACGCCGAGGCUGCGUCACACUUUCUCGCGGCGCUCAACAUGCAUAAAGCUAUUGAGAAGAGCGGUCGCAGCAUGGCAUACGAGAUUCUGGGCAGUGGCGAGAGCUCGCGCGGUGGUACCAACACAGCUCAACUCGACGAACAGAUUGACCGCAUGACAGCGCAGAAUCGCAGUACGACACUCUACGACACCUUGAGAAGGGUAUUUACACAAAUGGGACGUCGGGACUUGGCCGAAAAGACGGUUGCUGGUGUCGAUCCCGAGAUAUUCAGAAACGAGUUCGACUUCUAGGUGGCGCAGGGUGUGGAAGGAGAGGUGAACCUGGGUGCGCCGAACUCGCGAAUUUCACAUGGAUGGGUGGCUGGAAAAGAAAACAUGAGACGACGCCUAUUAUGAAGAUGCUGCAAACCUGCACUGUUGUGACAAUUCGCGGAACGGCGGCGCAUUGAAUAGGAAUACACAGCAGGCAUAGCUUUGCUGCCUUUAUACCGUUUGAGAGAGUUGUUCAGUCGUGGAGUGAUUCUUAUGUACCAUUAGCAAGCAUGAGGCAGAACUAGCUGGUUUACAAUAAGAACAGCUUCACCCCGUG